AUGUCGCUGCCAUGGAAUAUUCAAGAGACAUUCUCGCCGGAGGAGAUUCAAUUCAUAGUGGAAAAUGAACCCAUCAAAAUAUUUCCCAGAUUCACAACGCGUGUGAGCUUGCGCGGAGACCGUGCGAAGCCCGCGCAUACGAGGUGGAAGCUCGUAACCGCAGACGACCACCCGUUGAACAACUUGGUCGCCAUCCAGACCACGGAAGUUGCGCUGUGGAUGGCCCUUUUGCUCAAGCAGCAAGGAAAGUGUAGCAUUGUUGCGCCAGGAUGGCUGCGGCUCUCGCAACUACAAAAAUACAUCGAUUAUGAGCUGAAACACGCGGAGCGCUUUAGCGAACUGCCUUGGAACUGGCUUGUCGUAGCACAGCUGCUGUUUUCGAAGGCUGCGGACGACUUACAUGACCCGGUGCAUUUGCUGCGAGGGAAAAUACAAGACCUGCGGGAGAUCCGACUGGGCAAGAUUGGCCAGGGCUUGAAGCAUCUGAACGAGUCGCAUUUGCAAUUGGAUAACCUAAGUUUGCUCGAGAUCAACGAGCUGCGGCCGUUUGUCCUUGGAGUAAUGAACAAGCUGAAGCAGGUGCAUUCGAGCAUCUCCGAGGAACGAGGCUCCGAGGACUACUACGAGUAA